AUGACCUGGCCGAGCUGGCUCGCGUGUCUCUGCGACCUUUGGCAGCCGACACCCGAGAAGCAGGGCAUCCUCGAGUGCUCACCCUCAUCGGGCUCAUUCCUCCCACCACCGAUUACCAGCCAGCCGACCCUUCGUACCCGGCCCAUCGAGUACCUCUACACCCUGCUCGCGCCCGCGCAGCCCCCACCAUAUGGUACGGGACAACUUCACCAUGACGCGAGCAGCGUCGGCUCGGCACCUUCGAUAAUCCAACAAGCCGACACGCGACACAAGGAGCGCAUGGAACGGCAGCGCAUCGAGGCCGAAACUCGCGACAAGACCAACGCAGCUAGGAACAAGAUCACUAGCGCUUAUGGCAGUCGCAUGCUCAAGGUCGGCCUCGUAUAUCACAACUCGGUUCCUCCCAUUCCUCCCUUUCCAAUUGCCGACGAUGAGACUGUCCCCCUCUACGUAUCGUCACAUCCCGUGUCGGACGAGGCCCCAGCGCAACCCUCAGGUGGGCGUGUGGACCUGCGCUCACCUACGCACCUGAGCUACGGGACCUUUGGGACGUUUGCUCCGCCAGUCCCAGAAGCCGGAUAUCCCGGUCUUGGUAUCGGCUUCCCCGCUGGUCCACCCGCCAUGCCCAAAAUGCGGCGGCCCGUGCGGCCCGUCAAUGGGCUCACCGUACAGGUGCCCGCUGUCCCUCUUGGCGAUGUGCGGAGGCAUGUAGCGGAGAUGCUCUUCAACAUUCGCGGCGAUGACACGGAUGAGUCUCACCCUCCGUCGCCGCUCGCCCGCACCGACAGCCGGUACUCUAUCGACAGCAGGCGCUCACAUCAUUCCAUGGACUCGCCCAGGUCGCUCCGCUUUCCCGGUGUCGUUGUCACACCCGCUUACAGCGAGGACACCUCCCCCUCCGCCAGUACCUCACACAUCCCCCUCACCCCCACCAACCCCAAAACGCCGGCCACGCCGGCGUCAGCGGUAUACUUUGCCCACCACCCCAGCAUCGAACCACCUCUCUCUGCAGCCAAAUAUCGGCGCCACUCGGACGAGAUACCGCGCGCGUACCGCCUCUCUCGAGACAUCACGACGCUGCCCCCCCGCCUCGAGCGCACCCGCUCAGAUACACCUCCCCGUGGCAGACAGCGUGCGCGUGGCACUCCCCGGUCCCGCCGCGACUCGAUCUCGACGCAUACAGACGACACCCAAGACGGCGUUGUGUACAAACAGAUCGGGUUGAGCGGCCUUCCUGGCCGCAAACGCCACAUCCUACGCAAGAAGACCCGCUUUGAAGCGUAG